CAUAACACUUAUCCCUUUUUAUCCACCAAUACUCCAACUCACACCAACACCACCGUCAUUGUUGAUGCUACGCCCCACGACGGCGUCGUCUUAGGCUGAAACCCCAACCCAAACCCAAACCCACCUCCUUCUUCUUCUUCUCUCAUUUCAACCCUACGUGUCUUAAUCAAUCUACCCAUCUACGCUAAAUAUCCUUUUGUCUUUGUCUCCCUCUGAUUUUUCGCCAAAUUUGUCUCCUUUUCGUUUCCUGUGCCUGAUUUUUCUUAACCUCGAAUCUUCUGCAGUUCCUUCUUACAAACCCCAUUUAAACUUUUAUCAGAAAAAAAAAAUAAAAAAAAAAAAUAAAAGAACUUUUGUAAGGAGCUGAACAGAUUUUGCUGGUGAUUUUUUACUUAUUCCCUUUUAAUUUUCCUUCUAGGUUUUGGAAAUUCUAUUUUUCUUAUUGUUAUGGCUUUGCCACAGCCUUUUUAUGAUAUGUUGGAAAAUCCCGCAAUAUUGGGUGUGGGUGCAGCGAUUGUCGUGUUUAUUAGUCCUAUGUUGGUAGCGUUUUUCUUUGGUGUUGUUGUUGGAUGGUUAUGGAGACCAAAAUGGGCGAGCAUAGGGAAAGAAAAAUUGACUAGUUCCCUGGCCAAGUCCUUGGAUUUUGCAUCACCAUCCUCGGUUUCGCCUUCAAAGUCUGGAUUUUCGCCCAUGAAAAGCUAUGCUUCUUCUCCUUGCCUUAGUUCUAUCAAAAUGCAGUGUCCAAACCCUGAAUCUUUGGCCCUAAAUAAAGAAACGGAUAAAAAGGCUUCCUCUUCCUCUUCCACACCGAUGAAAUGCGAUAGUUCCUGCAGUGAAGAAACUUCUGAUGCUGUUACGAUGGAGGAUUUACAUCAUCUAUGCCAGCUUGUGGAGGAGAAAGAUGGAGGUCUCCCUUGGAUACAGAUGAUGGAUCGUUCUACCCCGACCAUGAGAUACCAAGCAUGGCAUAGAGAACCAAAGAAUGGGCCUCCCGAAUAUCGAAGCAGUACUAUAUUUGAGGAUGCAACUCCUGAGAUAGUGAGGGACUUAUUCUGGGAUGAUGAGUUCCGACCUAGAUGGGAUGACAUGCUUGCAAGGUCGGCAACCAUAGAAGAGUGUCCCACUACUGGAACCAUGAAAGUGCAAUGGAUACGGAAGUUCCCAUUUUUCUGUAAAGACAGAGAAUACAUAAUCGGUCGUCGAAUAUGGGAAUCAGGAAGAUCAUACUAUUGUGUGACAAAGGGAGUAGACUGUCCUUCAAUCCCAAGACAUGACAAACCAAGACGUGUUGACGUGUACUACUCUAGUUGGUGCAUUCGAGCAGUGGAAUCAAAGAGAGGCCAUGGCCAGUUGACUGCAUGUGAAGUUUUACUCUUCCAUCAUGAAGAAAUGGGUAUUCCAUGGGAAAUUGCAAAGCUUGGAGUACGGAAAGGGAUGUGGGGAACAGUCCAGAAGAUUGAGCCUGGUUUGAGAGCCUAUCAAGAUGCAAGAGCUUCUGGAGCUCCACUCUCUCGUUGCGCCUUUAUGGCUCAGGUCAACACAAAAAUAAAUCCUGAAUACUUGCAAUCUAUUGGAGCCUCUGAGAAUACAUCGGAGACUGAAAGUGUGAUCCCUGCUGACAAACCACAGGGCGUGAAUAUACCCAAGAUACUAGUCAUUGGUGGUGCAAUUGCUCUUGCUUGUAGUCUUGAUAGGGGACUAGUGACCAAGUAUGUUAUAUUUGGUGUUGCUAGAAGAUUUGCCAAUAUAGGUAGAAGAUAGUAAAACUAUAGGUGGAAGCUAUCUCUUGAAUGCCAUUGUUUUGGAUGAUAGACAUUCUCCUUCCUUGUAGCUUAUAUAUUACUUGAAAAUUUAGAGGUUCUUUUUAGGGCGAAAUCAUUUAUAAUUAAAAAACAAAAUCAAGGUAAAUGAGAAAGUCCCUUGCUUGGUGGGGCUAGUAAUUGAUGAUUUUUCCAACUUUUUUUCUUGGACCAUGAAUAAUUGUUGGUCAAGACUACAGAAUUUCAAGGCUGUGUGUAUGGUUGUAUAAACUCAGAAGCAAUAAAAA